AUGACGGUCUCGGAACUGGUAUUCUGGCAGGUCGGGUUUGCCAUUGCCCUGGGCCUUGUGGGUGCCCUUCUCCUGGUUUGCAGUUGCUUGCUGGGCGGAAGAUAUUACAAAGAGGAGGCCGAGAAGAAUCUUGAACAGUUCUCUCUGGUUCUACAACAUCAGGCCGGGCUCUGGAAACAGGAACGUGAGCGACGGGAAAAGGAGUACGAGUUGCGGCUUGAAGAGCAGAGACACAAGAACGCCGCCUUCCAGCAGAACUCGGAAAUUCGGGAGGACAUGGACGAUGUCAUGGAGGAGAACAGAGUCCUUCGCGAACAGAAAGAUGAAAUCAGCCACCGCAAUGAGCAGCUGAUGCAGGUGAGUGCGCGCCUGAGGAUGGAGAAUGCGGGACUGGCGGUGCGGAUCGCCCAAGCCGAGCGGCUGGGACAGGAGGCUGAGCCGGGAUUUGGGCUUGAGUCUGGGCCAGACUCGGGGUCGGAGCCGGAGCGACCGCGCAAUUUCUCGUCGACGCUGUUCGGCUCGGGGCUACCUCCAGGUUCGACUUUCAGCUUGCAGGAAGCUGUCCAGAACGGCCCGGACAGCACUGGGUCUCACGCCUCGUUCCCAUUAGACUCAGAACCGGGCAGUCCUCCGCGCACAGAGCUGCCUUCACCCCCUCCUGACAACGGGCAGGAUCCACACAAAUCCAACCCGAUGUGCAGUAUGGUAACGAUGGGUGGCCUUCUGUCAGGUCCCAACCAGCGCAACACAUGGGCUGCGCAUUCAGGAUCAUCCGGCCCUUCCCAUGAAGAAGACGACAAGUGGAAGCCUGUGUCCCCUGGCCAGCGCCGUACAAGUGUGAGCUGA